UGUAAUUUUUCUUUUAGUUUUUUUUUUUUUUAACCAUGCCAUCAGAAAAGAGACUGUUGAGUCUCUGUUGAGUCUCUACUGUUGAUUCUCUACAAUGAUUAUAAGAUAUACUAUAACAACAAAAUAUUCAAUUGAAAAUAUUCAACUUUGGUAAAAUAAAGCAUGUAUAUGUAUAUUUCACUUGUUAAUUAUUUUCAUUACAAUUUGACCUACUUGCCUUUCAUUUACUCCUUAUUAGGACUUUUCAGCAUCUGUCAACCUCCUUAUUAUGUCUUUGUGUGAAGAUAUGCUGCUUUGUAAUUAUCGAAAGUGUCGCUGCAAACUCUCUGGGUAUGCAUGGGUUACUGCCUGCUCUCACAUCUUCUGUGAUCAGCAUGGCAGUGGUGAGUUUAGUCGUUCCCCAGCUAUCUGCCCUGCCUGUAACAGUACUCUUUCUGGAAAGCUAGAUAUUGUCCGCACAGAACUCAGUCCAUCAGAGGAAUAUAAAGCUAUGGUAUUAGCAGGGCUCAGACCAGAGAUUGUGUUGGACAUUAGCUCCCGAGCACUGGCCUUCUGGACGUAUCAGGUACAUCAAGAGCGUCUAUAUCAGGAAUACAAUUUCAGCAAGGCUGAGGGCCAUCUGAAACAGAUGGAGAAGAUAUAUACUCAGCAAAUACAGAGCAAGGAUGUAGAAUUGACCUCUAUGAAAGGAGAGGUCACCUCUAUGAAGAAAGUGCUAGAAGAAUACAAGAAAAAGUUCAGUGACAUCUCUGAGAAACUUAUGGAGCGCAAUCGUCAGUAUCAAAAGCUCCAAGGCCUCUAUGAUAGCCUUAGGCUGCGAAAUAUCACUAUUGUUAACCAAGACAGCACCCUUGAACCAUCUGUGAUCGCACAGUCUGGUGUCUUUGGCUUCCCAGUAGGGAACAAUUCCAAGUUUCCUUUGGACAGUACGCCAGUUCGAAAUCGGGGUGGUGGAGAUGAAGAUUUUCAGUUCAGGCCAUUUUUUGUGGGUUCUCCCACAGCACCUGAACCCAGUAACAGCUUUUUUAGUUUUGCAUCUCAAAGUCAUGAGUCAGAGCAGCAGCAAAUCUCUAGCAGGGCCUUCAAAGUGAAAAGAAUUUAAUUGCUUUAUACAGCGUUUCUGCUUUCAGUGAUUUC